AUGCUAACAAUUGUAGACGAAUACUCACGUUUUCCAUUUGCUUAUCCUGUGAAAGAUAUGACAACUCAGACAAUAGUAAACUGUUUAGCUGAUCUUUUUUCAAUGUUUGGUAUGCCUUGCUAUGUUCAUUCGGAUCGUGGAUUCUCAUUAAUGUCUUCUGAAUUAAAGCACUGGUUCUUAUCAAUAGGGAUCGCAACUAGUAGAACAACCUCUUACAAUCUGACUGGAAACGGGCAAGUUGAAAGAUACAAUGGAAUUAUUUGGAAGGCGAUAUUACUUACUCUGAAAUCUCGAAAUCUGCCUAUACCAUCAUGGAAAAGAGUUUUGCCUGAUGCACUUCAUGCUACAAGAUCUCUAUUAUGUACUUCUACUAAUUGUAGUCCACAUGAACGUUUUUUUAAUUUUCAAAGAAGAUCAUUAUCUGGGUCUUCAAUUCCUUCAUGGCUUGUUAACCCUGGACCUGUACUUAUAAAAAAAAAUGCAAUGCAAAGUAAAUAUGAUGAUUCAGUAAAUGAGGCUCAGCUCAUUGAAGCAAAUCCUCAUUAUGCCAUUGUGAGAUUUCCUAAUGGUCAUGAGACUACAGUGUCAACAAAACAACUGGCUCCUAUCGGAACAACUCCUAUAGUACAAACAUCAAAUGACAAUUUAGAAAUAACAGCUGUUGGUAACUACCCCUUGACCCCUAAUGGUAGCAAUGAAACUCCGUUAGUCUCCGAAGAGGAACUAGAAAGCAGAGGGAAACCUAUAGAGCAAAGUACUCUGCCUCCUCGUAGAUCUUCACAAAUUUCUAAAGCACCAGAAAAACUUAACUUAUAA